AUGAUUAGCCAAGCAAUCGCCAAUCAUACGACGGUGCACCACGUUGCCAUCCGCACAUUGUUUUUCCUUGGCCCCUCCCCUUUAAGGGUGGAGCUUGAGAGGAUAAGGGAGGAGUCUGCACGCUAUGUACAUCAUGUACAAGACAGAGCCUCACUCAUCUCAAGCUCUCUCUCUCUGUCUCUCUCUCUGUCUCUCUCUCUCUCUCUCUCUCUCUCUCUCUCUCUCUCUCUCUCUCUCUCCCUCUCUCCCUCUCUCUCUCUCUCUCUCUCUCUCUCUCUCUCUCUCUCUCUCUCUCUCUCUCUCUCUCUCUCUCUCCCUCUCUCCCUCUCUCUCUCUCUCUCUCUCUCUCUCUCUCUCUCUCUCUCUCAGAUCUGUGUGUUCCGGCUGCAGACUCAUCAGUGGUGCUUCCUGUUGUGUAACGUCAUCUUGUUUCACGCGUUGCUGUUUGGUGGUGACUUAGUGGAAGAGUUUCUCCUGCAGUCGUCUCCCGCUGCCUACACCGACCGCUUUGUCCUGGAGGUCCGGGAGCGUGCACGCAAACUGGACCUGACUGAGACCAGGCUCAACACUUCACAGCUCUACCCCAUUAACACUGAACCCUGCCUCCAUCAUCAGGACCUCCUCAUCCUCACGCUGGUCCUGAGUUCUCCUGGAAACUCGAGCCAGAGGGAGGCGGUGCGAAACUCCUGGGCCAAUCAGACGACGGUGCACCACGUUGCCAUCCGGACUUUGUUUUUCCUUGGCCCCUCCCCUUUAAGGGUGGAGCUUGAGAGGAUGAGGGAGGAGUCUGGACGCUAUGGUGACAUUGUGCAGUUCGAGGGAGGUGUUUCCAGGGGUGACUGGCAGAGAGGACACUGGGAACAUGUUAAAAUGGCACUUCGAUGGAUCCUACUUUUUUGUCCACAAGCACGAUUUAUCGUUCUUUCUGAGGAUUCUGUGUAUUUAAACCUUCCUGCGCUUACAUCAUACCUUCUAGGACUGAAAAUGCAUCCUGAAGAACUUUACCUAGGCAGGGUCAUCCAUCGAGCCCCACCUGAGCGGGACCCUGACAAACCAAAUUAUCUGCCCUAUCAAGUGUACCCUGAUAAGUACCUCCCAGACUACUGCUCUGGCCCGGCCUUUCUUCUAUCUCAAGAUGUUGUAAGGAAAGUUUAUGUCGCCGCUGAGGAUGUUUCGUUGCCCCUCCCCUCUGACGUUCUGAUUGGCCUGUGUGCAAGACGGGCAGGUGUGGUAGCCACUCACAGCGCUCGGUUUUCUGGCGACCGACACAUUCGUUAUAACCCUUGCUGCUACAACUUCCUAUUCAGCUCUGCCAAAAUGGGUGUGGGGAUGAUGGGCGUGGCCUGGCGGGAUUUAGGGGCGGAGAAGGGGAGGAGCUGUGGCUUGUUGGAGACAUAUUACAGUUUGGUAGUGUGCAAAACUAUGACCUACCUGGAUAAACUUUCUUUUCUGAGUAACAACAAAUCACAGGGCUAGAGCAGUUGGGGAUACUUAUGAGUAUACAUUCAAAUUCAACUGUUCUAUUAUUUAGUGCAU